GAUCCACGACAAUGCAACAUAAUAGCAUGGACUAAAGCCCUAAUAAAGAAACACCGAGAGGAUUCUACAUAUAUUGAAACCAGAGCAGUUGGAUGUGCUGAAGGUAUUCUAAAUGAAAACAAUAUUUUGAUACUUGUCUCAAAAGCGGGUGGUGGAAAAUCAAAACUUUGUCUUCAACUAGCACAUAUUUACAGUGAAAAACAAUACAAACCAAUGUUAUUUUCAAACAGUAAGAAAAUCAAAACAAGUCUGAUUUCAAGUAAGUGUUUUGUAAUAUUGGAAGACAUUUUUGGUGGAACAAAUUUGGAGUUUGACGAUGAUAUACAUAAAGGCACUCUGGAUAUUUUAAGCGCAUGCCUAGAAAAUGAAACAAAGUUCGUGUUAACUAUGCGUACAAACGGGGAAGCCUACAAACAUAUUUUUUCUAAACAUAAAAUCUUUAAAAAUAACAUUAUUAAUUUGGAUAAGUUCAUAUUGACAACACCAGAGAAGAGAAAGAUUUUCUUAAAGCAUCUGACGGUAAACAGUUUAUCAAUUUGCAAAUGUGAUUCUACCACUGAACGAAUUUGCUGCAAUCAGGUGAUAAAUUUAGAUGGUAGUAUUCAGGUUGGAAAAAAGCUUUUUGAAGAGAUAAUUACACUUGUACCAGACACACAUGUAGGAUUUCCUCAAGCGUGUAAUGUUUUUAGUAGUAACAAGCAGAUGUCAAAGUUAGGUUUGAACUUUUUUAAAAACACAACGAAAUCACAGAUUGAGGAGUUCAAGAAAAUGAAACUGAAAGCGUUGAAUGAUAAUUGGACAAUGUAUCAGUACUGUAUAUUAGUGUAUACGGCAAUUAAAGGAUAUUUUGAUUUGAGUGAUCCUGAUAACAUUCUAAUAACGAACAUUUUGUCGGCUUUAGAAUUUGACAAAACACAUAUUCCUUUUGAGUUAAAACAAUUGCUGACUAAACUUGAAGGAAAAUUCUUCGUCCAGGGAUGGCUUCAAAAGGACUUUAUGGAAAACACAAUUAUUCCUGCAUAUUUUUUCAAACAUACAACAAUACUUGAAGCCGUUCUUUUAUCCUACGGCGAUAAUUUUUUGAAAAAUAUGUCUUUUAGUGAACUCGAAUGUCAGGUCGAUAAGUGUCCUGCACAGUUGAAAGUCAUUAAAGAAUACGUUAGACCUAAAGGAUACAAAAUUCUCCCAACUGAACAAGAAUUUACUAUCUCGGUAGGAUCUGACCUAUUAAUUCAAGGGCUUGUAGAGUUUUUGAAAUCGGAUCGAAAUGCAAUUGAGAUUGGAAAAUAUCUACAUAAGGUUGCACUUAAGUCUAGACAUGAUAACCUAAUUGCAAGUUUUUUCGAACGAGCGAAUUUGAAUAGUUUUCAAGGUUUAACAGUCGAACGAUUGUUAGAAGGGUUAACAAAACGAGGAACAUGCUCAUUAUUUUCAAUCCAUCAUAGAAAUAUAUUUUACCAAUGUAUUGAUUAUAUAAGUUUUCAGGUUUUUUUAAAUAAUGUUCGUCCUGCUAGAUUGCAACAAAUUGGAGACGAAUUUGUUAAAUUCAGCCACGAAGUUUUGAUAAGAAGGCUUAUUUCAUACAUGGUGCCUACCAUUGGUUCAGAUGUCAAAACGAAUGGAGAUGACGUUGGCAAAUAUAUAAGAAAAACAGCUAUACUGGAAAGGAAUGAUGAAUUUGUUAAAUCAUUUUUCAUGGAUCUAGAUCAGGACUUAUUUUACUUUGAUCAACCAAUACAUUUUCUUGACCAAACAAUCAGUGAAAGAUCGAAAGGAAAUCUCCAGUAUUUACCUAUAAAACGUAAACAUACAUUGAUUUGCCAAUUGUAUAAUCUUUUAGACGGAUUGUAA